AUGGCAACGGUGGGGUUGUGGUGUUGCCAUGGAAAUCUGUGUGGCGCUGCUGGCCACGCCCCCACCCCGAGGCCACGCCCACAGCAUGGUCAGAUCUGUGGGUGUGGCCAUGUUAACUUUUGGUCACGCCCCUUCAAAAAGACCACGCCCCAUUUUAAGUGCCUGCCCAUGCUAAUUGCGCUAAGCCACGCCCCCAAAUACACACCCCCAUCCCCAAAGCAACGCCUUUUAAAUGUUCAAACCACGCCCACCUUUUCAGGCCCCCAUGUCUCCCUAAUAACGACCACACCCAUCUGUGACCACGCCCCUUUACCAACCCCACCCAUCCCUACCCCUUUACUACUCUGCCACGCCCACUCACGAGGCCCCUCCCCUUUUCUAAACCACGCCUUUUACUCCCCAAACCACGCCUCCUUUGAGGCCCCGCCCCUCCGAAGCCCCGCCCCUCCUCCGGCGCGGUCGCAGCCGGGGCGGCCCCGCGGGGUCCCGGGUUCGAGUCCGGGGGCGGCUCCGGAGGGUCCCGGGUUCGAGUCCGGGGGCGGCUCCCGGGGGUCCCGCGGGGGUCGCGGCCCCCGGGGGCGGGGGGCGAUGGCGUGGCGCGCGGCCGCGCUGCUCGUGGCCGUGCUGGGCGCGGGGGCCGCGGGGCUGAGCCUGGAGCCGGUGGUGUGGCACACCGGGAACCGGCGGUUCCAGGAUGAUGGUGGCUACGUGCUGUACCCGCAGAUCGGUGACCGCCUGGACCUGGUGUGCCCGGGGGGGGCGGGCUACGAGUACUACAAGCUGUACCUGGUGGGGGGGGCGCAGGCGCGGCGCUGCCAGGUGCAGGCGCCGCCAGGCCCCGCCCCCCCCGGCCCCGCCCCCACGCUGCUGCUCACCUGCGACCGCCCCCAGCGCGACGUGCGCUUCACCAUCAAAUUCCAGGAGUUCAGCCCCAACCUCUGGGGACACGAGUUCCGCCGCCAGCACGACUAUUACAUCAUCACCACGUCGGACGGGACCCCCGAGGGGCUGGAGAACGGCCAGGGCGGGGCGUGCCUGACGCGGGCCAUGCGCGUCACCCUGCGCGUGGGACAGCGCCCCGGGGCGGAGCCUCCGCCGGACCCGGACACAGGUUCAGCCAAUCAGACCAGCCCACCCGGGCCGGGCCCGCCCCCCGCGCGGGAGGGGGCGGUGCUGGGGGCGGCGGGGGGCGGGGCCGCGCUGCUGGCGCUGCUGGGCGGGGCGGGGGGGGCGCUCUGGUGGCGGCGCCGCCCCCGGAGAGGCCCGAAAACCCCGCGGGGAGGGGCGGGGCCGGCCAGGCCACGCCCACACGGGGCCGGCCCCGUCCACCCCCUGCGCGAGCUGCCCCUCCCCCCCGCGGCCCCGCCCCCCACUUAUUACAAGGUGUGAGGGGGUGGGGGAGGGGCGGGAGACCAAAAUUGGGGAGGCCCCGCCCACAAAAAUGAAAGGACACGCCCCUCCCUGAAGCUCUGCCCCCGUGGCGAAAAGGGGAAUGAAGGACCCAAAAAGGGAAGAAUUUGCCCCAAAAUGAACCCCCAGGUGUGGGGGGGUGGGGCUUAACCAGGAGGUGUGGCCUGAAUGAGGUGUGGUCACCAAAGGGGCGUGGCUUAACAAGGGUACGGUGCCACCCAGGGGCGUGGGCAACCAAAUAUGGGCGUGGCUUCACCUGGGGAGGCGGAGCUUGAGCAGCUUUGAGGCGUCACCCCUAGGAAAGGGGCGGGGCUUGAUGUUCCUGCCCUCCCAUUGGCCACAAUGAAGCCCCGGCCACACAAAAGGGGUGGGGUCUCAGGCCACGCCUCCGUGGCAAAAGGGGGCGGGGCUUUCCCAUCCUAGUAACAUGGCUGCCACCAAGCUGAUGAUCCGGAAAAUUAUGUCAUAGUGAUGAAGAGGCGGGGCUUCCUGUGUGACGUCACACCAGGGGUGUGGCCUGACUGUGUGCCUGCUGCUGAUUAGACCGUUUUGUGCAAUUGG